CAUCAUGAUGGGGAAACUCCCCCUGGGGGUGGUCUCCCCUUAUGUGAAGAUGAGUUCGGGGGGCUGUACGGACCCCCUGAAGUUCUACGCCACCAGCUACUGCACAGCCUACGGUCGGGAGGAGUUCAAGCCCCGCACAGGCAGUCAUGUAGGCACAGGCUACAAAUCAAAUUACCGGCCUGUGAUCUCAUACCAAGCCAGUCUGGAUGCCCUGGACAACCCAGCCAUGGGGUACCCCUCCUCCCAGGUCAGGAAGGUCCAUUUUGACACCCAGGAGCAUGGGCCCCAGGCCAUCACGGGGCUGGAGCGGAGGGAGGUGCCCCUGCUCCACCAGCUGCAGGGCAAAGGCUCGCUGGAGUGGGAGAACUCGCGAUACGGCCCACGCUUCAUGACUUCCGAAUACAGCUCCAAGUAUCUCAAGGAGCCUUUAAACCAGCCAGACGUCUUGCAGAAGACAACCGUCGGCACCAAGGAGGAAACUGGCUUCACCGAACAGACCCACAAGAACCCUAUUAUCUUCCAGCCACCCUCCCAGGCCCUCCCUGGGGACCCCGUCCUCCUCCCAGGCCGGAGCGUCACCAAGUCGGACUUCCCCCCCAUGACUCACCCUCAUGGAGACGAGUUCCUACCUGUGUUGGCCAGAGGCUCUGAGCGGGAGUCUGGCUUCAGCCGAGUGAGUGGGACUCUGAACCCCAGAGUGCCCCCUCCUGGCCCAGAACCCAGCAGCAUGGGCCACCGGCAAUUCCAGCCACCCCAGCGGAUGCAACAGACAAAUGUUGCCAUGCUUGGCAGGGAGACGGUGGGGAAAAAGGAGCCCACGGGAUUCAGCCUUAACAACCCCAGCUAUGUCCGGAGCCCCUAUGACCCUGACCGGGAUAAUCGGUACCUGACCACCUACAACCAAGGGUACUUUGAGAACAUCCCCAAGGGUCUAGACAGGGAAGGCUGGACUCGGGGUGGCAUCCAGCCCCAGACACCGGGAGGCUACGCCCUCAACCAGCCAGUCACCCGCAUGGAGGCCACCCCCAGCCCCAUGGAGAGCCUGCGGCACCUGCACCCCCACGUGGGAAGAACCCUGAGCUCAGCGGACCCCUUCUACCGAGAAACACCUCACAGCAGCCACUUCAUGCCACCCAGCUGAGCCUGAGGCCUCGGCUUGCCAACCAAACAGGACAGGAGCUGGAGCUGGGCUACUGUCCCCUCUUUCCCCCCCCCCCCCA